CCCCCUGAAACUUUCGAAAACAAACAAACAAAAAAAGAAUAAAUAAGAAAGAACGGUGAGCAUAAAGUCCAACUUUUUUGUUUGCUUCCUUUGUAUAAUAAUCUUACGGCUUUGCCCUUUUCCUCUUUUUUUGUCAUUUUUUUGCACUCUUGGCAAUUUUUUUUUCUCUCUCUCUCUUUUACUUAUAUUUUAUUUUUUGCUCGAUUAUAUUAUUUAUUCCACAUACUCACCCGCACUCAAUCCUUUUAUAUUCCACUCUAUUACCAAACAACAGAAACAACAGAAAUCUUUGCCAAUGAAGCUUUUCGCAGUCUCCGCCAUCGCACUGGCCACAUUUAGCAGCACCGCGUUUUCCCAGGCUGACCUGGUAGCUGACGCAGGCACCAUCACCAACACGCAGUCCUUUGCCUCAGCUGUCAAGGACCAGUGGGUGAACGUAUACUACAAGGUGAACCAAAAUAUCUUUGAUUUGAAGUUUGCCAACAAACCCGCCGAGUACUUUACUGCCACCUGGCUUUAUGGCACAGACCAGCUUCCGGCCUCGUACAACCCGACAUGGGCACCUGGGUUCCUUGCCCGUGCCCAGGCUCUGCACGAGAAAACUGCCGGUGUGUCAGAAGAUGAGUCGUCGAGAGAGGAAGAGGGUAUUGAUAGUGAGGAUUCUUCAGAGAGCGAUGGGCUGGACUCGGUGGAUGACGAUGACUCAUCGUCGGCAAGUAGCAGCAGCAGCUCGUCGGCUUCGGCUGGACGCGGAUACGCUGGGGUGAUGGGUGCGGCCUUGACUGUUGCGGUUGCUGCUGCGGCGGCUAUCAUGUAACGGGGGUUUGUGUUAUUUGGAUUGAACAGAACUGUUUUGUGUGUGUGUCAAUUUUCCACUUAUGCCAUUAAGCAAAAUGAACUGCUUGCACUUGAUAUUUGACACACCAUAUCCUCCUCCUCCUCCCCCUCUUUUUUAAUGUUUUAUUGUCACUUAUAGCUAUGCAUUCAAUGUUUAUUUUAAAUAAAGUUGCUCUUGUUU